AAUUUAUACAAAUUUUUUAUAAUAAUAUACUAAGAAUCAAUAAAAUGGGUCAUCAUCAUCAUCAUCACCACGGUCAUCAUCACGACGUCGUUUACACCACCACUUACGGUGUUCCACAACCAAUGGUUGCUCCAGUUGCACCAGUCUACCCAGUUGUUCCACAACCAAUGGUUGCUCCAGUUGCCCCAAUGUACCCAGUUGGUGUUCCAGCUCCAAUGAUGCCAGGUUAUCCAGCCACCACCACUGUUGUCUUUGAAACUGGUCACCAUCAUCACGGUCAUCACCACGGUCAUCAUCAUCACGGUCACCACGGUCACCACGGUCACUGGUAAAUCAAUAUUUUUGCUACAAUUAAAAAAAUUUAUACACUAUAAAAAUAUAUAAAAAAAAAAAUAUUAAAACUAUUUUUUUUUCUGUAAAAUAAAAACAAAAACAAAACAAAUACUCUAUAACUACACUAAAAACAUCUUUUUUUAAAAUUAAAUAAAAUUUAAACUUUUUAAAUAAAUGUAAAUACAUUUAAAUAUUGUAUAAAUAC